AUGUCUUCUACCACCAAGCCCGGCGGCCUCUCCGCCAACGACAAGAUCCAGCGUUUCGCUGCGCCCAGCCGCCCUCUGAGCCCCCUCCCCUCACACGCCCUCUUCAACGACAAGACUCGAUGCUUCGUCUACGGCCUGCAGCCCCGCGCUGUGCAGGGUAUGCUUGACUUCGACUUCAUUUGCAAGCGCAAGACCCCCUCCGUUGCCGGCAUCAUCUACACUUUCGGUGGCCAGUUCGUGAGCAAGAUGUACUGGGGUACCAGCGAGACUCUCCUGCCCGUCUACCAGGAGGUCCCCAAGGCCAUCGCCAAGCACCCCGACGUUGACACGGUCGUCAACUUUGCCUCGUCUCGCAGUGUCUACAGCUCUACCAUGGAGCUCAUGGAGUUCCCCCAGAUCAAGACCAUUGCCAUCAUUGCCGAGGGUGUCCCUGAGCGCCGCGCCCGUGAGAUCGCCCACAAGGCCGCCAAGAAGGGCAUUACCAUCAUUGGCCCUGCCACUGUCGGUGGCAUCAAGCCUGGCUGCUUCAAGAUCGGUAACACUGGUGGUAUGAUGGACAACAUCGUUGCCUCCAAGCUGUACCGCAAGGGUUCCGUUGGCUACGUGUCCAAGUCCGGUGGCAUGUCCAACGAGCUGAACAACAUCAUUUCCAACAAUACCGAUGGUGUGUACGAGGGUGUCGCCAUUGGUGGUGACAGGUACCCCGGAACCACCUUCAUCGACCAUCUGCUCAGGUACCAGGCCGACCCCGAGUGCAAGGUUCUCGUCCUGCUCGGCGAGGUCGGAGGUGUCGAAGAGUACAAGGUUAUCAAGGCCGUCGAGGAGGGUGUCAUCACCAAGCCUAUUGUUGCCUGGGCCAUUGGUACCUGCGCCAGCAUGUUCAAGACUGAGGUUCAGUUCGGCCACGCCGGUGCUUUUGCCAACUCCACGCUCGAGACUGCCAAGACCAAGAACGAGAAGAUGAAGGAGGCUGGUUUCCACGUCCCUGACACCUUUGAGGACAUGCCCAACGUCCUCAAGCAGGUCUACGACAAGCUCGUCGCUGACGGCACCAUCAAGCCCCAGCCUGAGCCCGUUGUUCCCAAGAUUCCCAUCGACUACUCUUGGGCUCAGGAGCUCGGCCUUAUCCGUAAGCCCGCUGCCUUCAUCUCCACCAUCUCCGACGACCGUGGCCAGGAGCUUUCUUUACGCUGGCAUGCCCAUCUCGGACGUGUUCAAGGAGGAGAUCGGUAUCGGUGGUGUCAUAUGGUUCUCAUGCUUACCGCUGAUCAUGGUCCCGCUGUGUCCGGUGCCAUGAACACCAUCAUCACCACCCGUGCCGGCAAGGAUCUGAUCUCCUCGCUGGUCGCUGGUCUCCUGACCAUUGGUUCUCGCUUCGGUGGUGCCCUCGACGGUGCCGCCGAGGAGUUCACCAAGGCGUUCGACAAGGGCCUCAGCCCCCGUGAGUUCGUCGACACCAUGCGCAAGCAGAACAAGCUCAUUCCCGGUAUUGGCCACCGCGUCAAGUCCCGCAACAACCCCGAUCUCCGUGUCGAGCUCGUCAAGGAGUACGUCAAGGCCAAGUUCCCCAGCUCCAAGCUGCUCGACUAUGCCCUGGCCGUCGAGAGCGUCACGACCUCGAAGAAGGACAACCUGAUUCUGAACGUCGACGGCUGCAUCGCUGUCUGCUUCGUUGAUCUUGUCCGCAACUGCGGUGCCUUCUCUGCCGAGGAGGCCGAGGACUACCUCAAGAUGGAGAGGCUGCGCACUGGUCUCUACCGUCACCCCUGGGACGAUAUCACCUACAUCCUGCCCCAGCUCGGUGGUGGCGCGCCUGGCGCCGAGGGCCGUGUCGAGGUGCAGAUGUGA